CUUUUGCAGAACUUCAGACGGAUAUCCAUGAAUUGACCAGUGACCUGGAUGGGGCAGGAAUACCGUUCCUGGAUUACCGGACGUAUACCAUGAGAGUCCUUUUCCCCGGGAUUGAAGACCAUCCGGUACUAAGGGAUCUGGAGGAAUGUGCUGGCGAGCCUCUCUUUUCCCUCUUCUGCGCCAUCAAGCAGCAAAUGGAGAAGGGCCCUAUAGAUGCCAUCACGGGAGAAGCCCGUUAUUCCUUAAGCGAGGACAAACUCAUCCGGCAGCAGAUCGACUACAAGACCUUGGUCCUUAGUUGCGUGAACCCUGAUAACGUGAACAGCCCUGAGAUUCCAGUGAAGAUCUUGAACUGUGACACCAUCACUCAAGUGAAGGAGAAGUUCCUUGAUGCCAUCUUCAAGAACGUGCCCUGUUCUCAUCGGCCGAAAGCUGCAGAUAUGGAUCUUGGUAAGUUGAGUAUCUUCUUAGAUCAAUAA